CUCUCCGCCUCUGCUGCUCCAACUGUUUCUGGACUUUGGGCUGGUUAGCGUUAGCCAAACUUAGCGUUAGCUCUCAACGCGUAGCACCGCUCACUUCCUGUUUGGGCUCCGCUCACCUGUUAGCUCGCUGUCGGCGACCUGCUUUACUCCCAAACCCAGUUGUUGUGUGUGAAAGCAGCGUACGAGGAUCUACCGCGUCAGUGACUGUGACGGAUUGUGUACAGAGCUGGGGCGGACAGGAGAGGGAAGGGGAGAGCUUGAACCCUGGUCUCCCCCGCUGACCCUGAGUAAACCAGCCAGCCAUGGAUGACAGCUCCUCACUGGGAAAAGUCAGCAGCUCCACCGAGUCCGUGGCCACCGUCACCAGUGAGGAGUUUGUUCUGGUACAGCCCAGUGCAGCAGGGUCACCACAGGGCUCUGAGGGCAAACCGAGACUCAAGAUGUCUUGCAAUGGAAGCGAGCAGCUGGAAAGAGCCAUGGAGGACGUGCUGGAUGAUGAUGAUGAUGAUCAGGUGAAGACGGAGGUGGAGAAGAGCAGCGUGGAAAAAAUGGAGAAGCACAAGGACCCAGAGAGCCAAGUCCUGGAGCCACCACCUCCAGAAGCAUGUCCAGCACCGUCCAGCCCCGUUGUCCUGGAGGAGGACAGUGUCCAGUUUAACAAGCUGUCCUACCUGGGCUGCACAUGGGUCAAAGCCCCCCGCAACGAGGCAGAGGCACAGGAGGCCAUGACCACCCUGCGAGCAGAGAGCGCCAUCCCCAUCCCCAUCACCCUACAUGUCCCCUGUGGACCAGAUGGCUCAGUCAGGAUCGUGGACCAGGCUUCAGGUACAGAGAUCGCCUCCUUCCCCAUUUACAAGGUGUUGUUCUGCGCUCGCGGACAGGAGGGCUCAGUGGAGAGCGACUGUUUCUCUUUCACCGAGAGUUACCGGAGUUCUGAGGACUUCCAGAUCCACGUCUUCUCCUGUCACAUUAAGGAAGCUGUCAGUCGGAUCCUCUACAGUUUCUCUACGGCCUUUCGACGUUCUUCUCGGCCGGCAGACAUCAGGGACACGACGCUGUCUGGUCCGCCCGACAGUGACCUGUACACCUUCACUGUGUCGCUGGAAAUCAAAGAGGAUGAUGGCAAGGGCAACUUCAGUCCAGUGCCAAAGGACAGAGAUAAGUUUUACUUCAAGCUGCGACAGGGCGUCCAGAAGAAGGCCGUCAUCUCCGUUCAGCAAAUGUGCAACAAGGAGCUGGGCAUUGAGAGGUGUUUUGGGAUGCUGCUGAGUCCAGGACAGAAAGUCUGCAACAGUGACAUGCAUCUCCUAGACAUGGAGUCGAUGGGGAAGAGCUCUGAUGGGAAGUCCUACGUUAUCACAGGAACGUGGAACCCCAACUUGGCUGUCUUCCAGCCACUGAAUGAAGACACACCUAAAGAUAAACAAGUGUACAUGACGGUGGCAGUGGACCUGGUCGUGACUGAAGUGGUGGAGCCGGUUCGUUUCCUACUGGAAACUCUGGUCAGGGUCUAUCCAUCAAACGAACGCUUCUGGUACUUUAGCCGGAAGACCUUCAGCGAGACCUUUUACCUCAAACUCAGACAGCAGGCACCAGAGCGGGUUGGUCCGAGCGAUGCUAUGUAUGAGGUGGUGAGCCUUCAGAGGGAGGCUGAGAGAAACAAUGAAGGAAGAGGACAACUAGCCCCAUCCACUGAGGAAGAGGAGGCUGAUGAAGAUAGCGACAGUGAAAUCUCUAGUGGGACAGGAGAUGUUUCCAAAGACUGUCCUGAGAAAAUCCUGGAGUCCUGGGGAGGAAUCCUCAACAGAUGGCAUGGAAACCUGUCCACUCGUCCAAAGGGUUUGUCCCCACUGGUGCGCAGCGGCAUUCCUGAGCCGCUCCGAGCUGAGGUCUGGCAGCUGCUGUCCGGUUGCCACGACAACCAUGACCUGCUGGAGCAUUACCGCAUCCUCAUCACCAAGGAUUCAGCCCAGGAAGGUGUGAUCACCCGCGACAUCCACCGCACCUUCCCUGCACACGACUACUUCAAGGACUCUGACGGAGAUGGACAGGAUUCUCUGUACAAGAUCUGCAAGGCCUACUCUGUCUAUGACGAGGAAAUUGGUUAUUGCCAGGGUCAGUCGUUCCUCGCUGCCGUUCUCCUGCUGCAUAUGCCCGAGGAGCAGGCUUUCUGUGUGUUAGUGAAGAUCAUGUAUAAAUACGGCCUCAGAGCUCUCUACAAGAACAACUUCGAAGAUCUUCACUGCAAGUUCUUCCAGCUGGAGAGGCUAAUGCAGGAACAGCUUCCAGACCUGUGGUCCCACUUCCAGGAGCUGAACCUGGAGGCGCACAUGUAUGCCUCCCAGUGGUUUCUCACCCUCUUCACUGCCAAGUUCCCCUUGUGCAUGGUGUUCCACAUCACCGACCUGCUGCUCUGCGAGGGUCUGAACAUCAUCUUCAAUGUAGCCCUGGCCCUGCUCAAGACGUCCAAAGAGGAUCUGCUGCAGGCUGAUUUUGAAGGGGCUCUCAAGUUCUUCAGAGUCCAGCUCCCGAAACGCUACAGAGCUGCAGAGAAUGCCCGAAGGCUUAUGGAGCAGGCCUGCAACAUCAAGGUUCCAACCAAAAAGCUGAAGAAGUUUGAGAAGGAAUAUCAGACGCUGAGAGAGAGCCAGCUGCAGCAAGAGGACCCCAUCGACCGAUACCAGAGGGAGAACCGUCGCCUUCAGGAGGCCAGUAUGCGACUAGAACAGGAAAACGAUGACUUGGCCCAUGAACUGGUAACCAGUAAGAUCGCCCUUCGGACCGACCUGGACCAGGCGGAAGACAAAGCUGAUGUUUUGAACAAAGAGCUGCUGAGCACCAAGCAACGUCUCGUGGAGACGGAGGAAGAAAAGAGACGACAGGAUGAGGAGACGGCUCAGCUGAAGGAAGUGUUCAGGAGGGAGCUGGAGAAAGCAGAGCUGGAGAUCAAGAAAACCACAGCGAUCAUAGCUGAAUACAAACAGAUCUGCUCCCAGCUGAGCACCAGACUGGAGAAGCAGCAGGCGGCGACGAAAGAGGAGCUGGAUUUAGUCAGGAGUAAAGUGUCGGGCUGCGAUCACUGUCGAGACCUGUUCAGCACCCUCGGGACCCUCCAGGUGUCGUCCCCCGGCAGGGACCACACGUCCAGCGAGCCGCAGGACGAGGAGAAGGACGGGCUGAAUGAGCAGCUGAGGCAUCUGGAGCUGGAGCUGGCCCAGACGAAGCUGCAGCUGGUGGAGGCCAAGUGUCGCAUCCAGGAGCUCGAGCACCAGCGCGGAGUCCUGAUGAACGAGAUCCAGGCGGCCAAGAACUCCUGGUUCAGCAAGACCCUGGGCUCCCUGAAGAGCUCCAGCUCCUCGUCCUCCAGCUCCACAUCCCAGACGCCGUCCUCUCCGAAGGAAGGUCCUGCCUAGAUGACCCCACCUCCCGCACUCCCCCUUCAUAAAUAUAUAUAUAUAUAGAUAUAUACAGAUAUCUAAAUAUAUAUAAAUAAAUCCCCCUGCAGGGAUGCACACAAGAGCUGAGGAACACAGAUUGAGGAAACAAGCAGCAGAGAAAUGCAGUAUUCCUUUUCCAAGCGGUGGCGAGGUGCAGCUCAGCAGCUUCUCUGAUGGCAAAUAGCUUGAAAGAUGAGGGGGGGGGGUAUGGGGGGGGAGCAGCCUCCUGUCUUUCUCUUCCUGUUUACAUCUGAGUGAACAAAAAAAACAUUUCUUGAGCUUCCCUGCUUCACAGCUGAUGUUACAAGUGAGUGUGACUCACGAGUGAGGCUUUAACUUUCUUUAAAGGGUCAGGGCUCAUCGCUGACACUGGUUGGUUUAGUUAAAUCUCUAAACUCCGCUUAAGGAACCGGAGUUUAUCAAAAGAAUGGCAUCGCUCAUGUAGUGGCACCUUGUGGACAGACAUUGCCACUGCAGCGUUAAUAGUCCGUUUAACUGAUUUUAGGUAGCUGAGAAUUAAACCUACAAUAUGUUCAGUGACAGUGAUUCAGCUACGUCACAUUUAUUAAACUGUCACAGCCUAGAAAACUACAAGAACCAACUUCAGCGCGGCAAAGCCACGGGAGUCUGAGAAAGGAAUACUGCAUCCAAGGUGUCAAACAAGAACAACAUAGAAGUUGUAUUCCUUUAUAGUAAUAUAACGUUAAACAAUGUUGUCAUAUAAAUAUGUAUAAGUAAUUAUUGAUUUUUUAAAAUAAUCCUGUACAGUUCUUUAAAGCGAAGAAGAAAAAGAAAAAACAUAAGGAAGAGUUUUGUUAAUUUUUUUUUCUACUGUUUGCAAUUUGAAUGUCGUGUCUCUCCGAUGUUGAUGUCUGAGCACGUUGUGCGAUCGAUGUGGUCGAGUCCAAACGCUGGAGAGACAAAGUGACAAUGUGCAGCGGCUCCAUUCGCCCUGCCUCUUUUCCAUAAACCUGAUUUAACGAUCACAAUCUUGAAAUUCAACAGAGAAAAUCUCAUUUCCAUCUCAUUGCUCUGAGUAAAUUGAGUGGCAGGUUGUUGUUUUACUCUGUUUUGCAGCCAUAAUAUUUAUAAAACAGAAACAGGACUUUUCACCUUCUGCAAAUUUCACUUUAGGAAUUUUCUUUUGCUUUUACGUUAUUUUAAGUUGCACUGACGUCUAUUACAGUUUCUAUAGGUUUGCGUUCACGUGAUGCUUUUUCCUCGGUUCGAUCUUUAAAGAAAUAAAAAAGGCUUCCACAGAGCCGGAAAGGUCACAUCCAAACUAACACUGAGGUGACCUCUCAGUGAUGUUACACAAUGCACUGGACGACUUCACCGCUUCACACAGGUCAUCAGAAUUCACUGUAGAUAGAAGUCAGUGCAGUACAAUUAUCAAUCAAAGUAUUUUAUAUAUCAGAAUUCAUCCCUACAUAACCACCAUGUAUAAUGAGCAAGAUCAGGCCAAACGCCAUCAUUGACAAACACAUUGACACUUUGUUUAGUUUUUUUGUGUUGUGGUUGUGAGUUCAGUGUUGAAAGGACGACAACCGUCACUGUGGAAGCCAGAAGCUCCGGUGUCCACAGUGGACAGCUGUCAGUGUUGCUCUGUGCUCACAGCUGAGUUGAAAUUACAAUAACUACAAUAACAAUAACAAUAAUUAAAGCAUCUUUAUUGAUUUUAAAGAUUAAGUAAAACUUCUCACCUGUGACAUUGACACUAGUAUCUGAAGACACCAGGAGGAUUGUGUUGUCUCUACUUCGUUGACAAACAGCAGUUAACCAAAAAGUCUCUUUUACUCGAACAUGAAAAGUUGUUUUUCAUGUCGGUGCCAAAACAGUCUUGGUUUAUUCGCCGCUUUUCUUGAAUCGGUGUUUGGACUCGCACGUCGUCCGUGUGUAUGAUCGAGUGUUUUGGGAUGUGUGUAUGUUCAUGUGCGUUUUCCACUGUAACUCAAGUGGCUGAAGUUGAAAUGGUUUCUUCUUCACCCGGCUGCCUUUUCUGUUGAUGACUGAAGCCGAUGGCUGCGUCAGCUGUGCCAUAAGGUUCUCGCCACUGCUCCGUCCACCAGUGGUUCUUUGUCUGUGCCUCAUGAAUCCACAGUUUCAUCUGGUCUUACAGAAACAUCAUUAUGUUCUACAGUUGCCCUGUGUCACACGUCUCCACCUGGAGCUCCCCACAGCGUCCACCGCCCCCCCGCUAACGGCCCCUCAUCCACCCUGCUGGAGGAAAUCUCUUUAAAAUCACGAAAAGCAAGAAAAGGAGACUGACUUCCCUCGUCCCCCUGUGACGACUACAGUGUCCUACAACCAGUGUCAUGUAAACUGAGGCCAAGUCAGAGGGAGGGGCCCCGUCUUUUAUGUGCACUAACACAACAUUGAUAUUUUAACUUCAAGACGUGUGUGUGUGUUUGUUUAAAAGUUAUCCUGAGCACAGAAGCAUAAUUAUUUUUUAACUGAUGAUUGUCGUCACUGAGAGGUCAGCUGCCAAUUUAUAAUCCGCUCCAGCUCCCAGUUAAUUUCCAGGCUCAGCAGGCGGUGAGUCGGAUCAGAAGUGUGAAUGUGUGUGUGUGACGCCACAGUCCUGUUACAUGUGGAGCCGCUGAUCCUGGACCAGUGCGACUCCAACACUGUUUGCUGUACAAUAUCUGUCUGGCCUGCAUUAAUAAAUUCCAGUUUUUCAGUU